AUGACACGUGCAACACGGCAAAAAGAAAAAGAGGAGGAACAGGCCGGACGUCGCGCGACAAGGAGGCUGUCUCAACAGACCGAUAGGGAGGGUGGUGGCGGCUCUAAAUGUACUAAUGCGUCCGCCGCGCGUGGCACAGGGCUGAAAAAACUGGGUGGAAAAAAGGCCGCGUUUGGACAGGAGAAGUUCGGCAAGAAGGCGGAAGAGAAGGGGAAGCAACCAACGACACGUAAGCAUAUUUCUACCGUGAAAAAAUAUGCGGAUGUUGCCUCUGGUAGAACCGAUCCCGGUCCGACUAACGACGGCACCAUCGGCGGCAAAGAAGAUCCGGGGCGAGGGAGCGUGAGUCUUGAAGUCCCGUCGGCGGAGAGAGAGGGGUCGGCGACAGGGGGAAACCAUGGCGACGCUCCCCGCGCCGAGCAUGCCGCAACCCAAGAGUCCGAGGCGGAGGCAUCCCAACACGGACUGACGCUGCUCCAGCCGACCGUGGUCGAAAUUUCUGCUGCCGUGGUGGAUAAGGCCAAGGCGGGGGAGCACGAUUCGAUGGAGGAUCUCCAACACAGCAUCGCCGACGUAGGUGGCUCUCCUCCUUCUGGUGGACGCGGGAGGCGUAGGCAGAGGAAGAGCAAUGGGGAAGAAGAGUAUGACACCGCCGUGCCCGGGGACAUCAAUGCGCGGUCGAAGAGGCGCAAGAAGGGCCGACCCGCAGCGAAGAGAACAUCCGGUGGAAGGAGGGGCAAGAAAGCAGCGAGGGGGAAGAGACCGAAACGGGGCGAAGAAGACCCUGAUGAUGCGGAGGAGGAGGAUGAGGGGGAUGCGGGGGAUGAGGAGGAGGAGGCUGAUGAGGAGGAGGAUGCGGAGGAAGAGGAGGAUGAAGAGGAUGCGGAGGAGGAGGACGCGGAUGUUGGGGAGGAAGAAAAAUAUGAGAAUGAUGACGAGGAGGACGAAGAGGAGGAGGAGGAGGAGGAGGAGGACGAGGAGGGGUACGAAGAGGAUGAGGAGGAGGAGGAGGAGGAGGAGGAGGAGGAGGAGGAGGAGGAGGAGGAGGAGGAGGAGGAGGAAGAGGAGGAGGAGGAGAGGCACUGCUCACACGCCACCCCCUAG